AUGCCCGACCUCUCGGACCACCUCAGCCCCGUGCAGGCUGCUGCGAGCCGCACGCCGCGGGCGGCGGUGCCGCGCGUCUGUGUUGUCACUGGCGGCACCGGCUUCGUCGGCGCGCGGCUCGUCGAGAUGCUCGUCGAGCGAGGCGCUGUGCGCUGCCUGGACAUCGUCCCACCGCCGGCCAACGCGUGGCGACACGAGCGCAUCAAGUACGUGACUGGCGACGUCUGCGACGAGGCGACGCUCGAUGCGCUGGUUGAGGGCGCUGACUGCGUCUGGCACAACGCGGCCGCGGUCGGCCCGUUCCACCCGCGGGAGCUGUACUUCAAGGUCAACUACGAGGGCUCGCUCAACGUCGUGCGCGCGUGCCGCAAGGCGGGCGUGCCAAAGAUUGUCAUGUUCGACGGGUCCGACGUCGACGGCCUGACCGAGGCGGAGAUGCCCUCGCUGCCGCAGGAGUCGUACCUGCAGCUGUACGCUGAGACAAAGGCGAUGGGCGGCACGUGGCGAUGGGCGAGCUCGCCGUCACGUCUGCGUGCUGCGACGAGCUGA